AGCACAUUCAGUGGAACUCGCACACGCAGUCGCCGACGCGCAUCUGUCGCUUUCCUUCCACACCCUUGAGAGACAGGCAUCGAUUUAUUUACUUCUUUCUUUGGGCGGGCCUGUCGGGUACAUUCAACACCCGAGACAAUCAAACCAUAGAGUUGCAUGUGGAGGAUGACGCAGGAGGUGAAGAAAGCGAGCGAACGCCGACACAAAGGACUACCACCGGCACCGACACGCUUGCGUGGAACCGCGCGCGCCGACAGGUAUUAUUGAUCCGUAUUGCCCUCUCUAGAACGAUACGAAGGAAAGCAAAGGUCUUCUUGUUAAAUAUAUUAUAUAUAGAGAGAGAGAGACUCUCGUUUCGAAGAAAGGGAGGAAGCACUCGCACUAUAGAGCCACUCAUCAUCUUCUUCUUUUGCAUUUGGUAGGUGUGUUCAGUCUCCUGCAACACAUUAGUUUUCAUUGCUGCUGACUCUUCACAUCGUUUUUGUUCUGGUGUUGCUGCCUCAUCUCGGGGCAUUCAUUUGUUUGUGUUCAUCCUUUCUCCGUCGUCAUGCACCACUCACAAUACCGGAAAAUCGAUGGCCACCUGGACAACAUCGAGGGGUGCCUUCGGGACAUGGUACGAGCACCACCACCGCCGUCUACCAGAUCACGUUGGGACCCGCCCGCACUGGCGCCGAUGUCUCCCUCUUCACCCAACGCAGCCGCCACGGCUUACGCAAGCCCGCUACAUCGCGACACGAAUAAUGAGGUGGUGAGUUACGCGGCCUCCCUGCGACCACCGCCAGCUCUGUCGCGACCUCCUCCUUUUCGACCGGGACACACGCGAGGCGGCCGUCAGCCAGGUGCACUCGCGACGGGAGCUGCAGCUCCUCUGCCAGCCACCUCGAGGACGUUGAUUUUCAACUCCGCACGGCCGCUCCCACCGCUGCCAAGUCCGAUUGUCUCGUCGUCGUCAUCAGCGUUGUCGAAUGACAGCUCGCAUCUCUCCGACAGCGACGAUGAAAAAACUCCAAAGAAGGCUGCAGCGAGCUCUGCGUCUUCCACGCACUCGAGCCCCGUCGUGCCCGUCAUGCGGCCGCCUCUGUCUAAUGCAUUCCGCCCCAGUGGAAGAGCGACAGCAGCUGCAGCAGCGACACCAUCGCCUUUGCUGUCAUCUCCUGCGCUGACGCGAGACUCUUCGGUUCUCUCCAGUGAAAAGCAGGAGACCUCGUCUCUAGCUUCGUCCCUGGAUGGGAGUCUCGAGCGAAGUAUGACGUCUAUACUGGACAGACUCGAGCGCCGCUUUCCACGGCCGCCACCGCUUCGACGGCAACGACAACAUUCGGACCCACCACAUGUAGACGGAGUACACGAAACGGAGCCGACACCGCGACCCUCACGCGCACCCCUGCCAACUCAUUUUAGUGCUGAACCCCACGACGUCAACGAUGUGUCGCCUCCGACGGAGUCGGCAGGCCUCGCAGCCGCCAAUGAGUCCUCCCACUCCUCAGCUUCUUCCCCUCUAUCCACCUGGGACACCCACGCCGGCUCUUCUCCACUGGAUCGUUCAGCGGAGCAGCCCACUGCGCCACGCACGCGUGACACUUCUGCGUUGUCGAGCGCUGCGGAAAUUAGAAAGCCCGGUAAGCCGCCUCCCUCCUCCUCGCAGUUGAAGGACUCUCUGCACCUUGACUUCCCCUCAUCAGCUCCAACGAGACACCCACCUGGUCACGACUCCGCGAUCCCAACUGCUCAGGUGGCGCCAACGCGGAGUGACGUACCUCAGCGAACGCACCACCGUGGAGUAGGUCUGGAAGAGGACGACGAAGAGCCACAACAGCCCGACUCCGGUGACAUGCCUGACCCAACGAAGAUGGUCGUCGGCAGCACCUCCUCUGGUCAUCCAUUUCCAGACGAUGCUGCGGUCAACAAUGUCGUGGCGCUCACACACGUCGACGCUGGGGCCGCCACCGUUGCUCCCGGUGCUCUUCAGCCAAUCUGCGCCAACACAGAUGUUCCAUCAAUGCGUCCGCCGCCUCUGCAGGAAGGUGCGAGUACUGAGCCUGCGCACUCAUCGACUACGAGUCGCAGUAACAGAAAAGCGGACAGUCCUGUACCGCAUGACGCCCGCCCGGCCAACCUAACGGAAGGGUCUGCCUUUUCUACCCCGGAGGCCUCCCGUUAUUCUCCCGUGAACACAAGCACCGCCGAUUCACGGCGUUCGCAGGAAAGGCCCAAUAAUCCACCGAGUUCCUCCGGCCCUCUACCUCUACCUGAGACGCCCCUUCCGACGCUCCACAACCUCGAAUUGCCUACAGUCCCCAGCACGCAGAACAUCCCUAGUGCCGACGACAGCCUUACUGAACUUGUGGCGAGUCACCUGCAGUCGGCGCCCAUCAACCCUGCCGUUGAUACGCCAACACACCUGACAAAGAUGCGCAACACCACGCCACCACCUGCCAGCACACCGCCCGAAUCUAAUUCGUCAUCUGCGGCAACCCCAUCAACGC